UGCAUCGCUUUCCAUGGUGGGAAAAUGGGACAACUGAGCCACGAUCUUCACACGCAGCACUUCAGCCAUCCCCAUCCCCUGGAGCUAAUCAAUCCCCAAACCCUAAGCCACCCGGCCCCAUGCUCAGCCUGCAACCUCCAAAUCCAAUCCUGCGGGUGGAUGUACACCUGCAGGCCCUGCAACUUCACCCUCCACGCUUCCUGCACUCAGCUGCCUCGCCUCAUCUCUCAUCCGUCCCACCCCGGCUACUCCCUCAGCCUCCUCCCCACACCGGCUUACUCCAUCGGGUAUUUCAGCUGCGAUGCUUGUGGUCAACGGGGAUAUGGAUUCAGCUACCAUUGUAAUCAGUGUGAGUUCGAUAUCCAUUCCCUGUGCGCUUCCAAGCCUUUAUCUAUCCGUUGUCAGUCUCAUCCUUGCCAGCUACAGCUCUUCUUUUACCCUCCUUAUCAAACCAAAGGCUUCUCUUGUGAUGCUAGCCAUCAGAUUGGGUCCAAUCAUUGGCUAUAUCGGUGUAGUACUUGUGAGUUUGAUGUUCAUAUGAGUUGUGUUAACACCGCUGCAACUACAUAUACAAGAACAACUACAAGUAGUGCUAGUGCAUGUAGGAGCACGCCCAGACAAGCAGGGAAUGUUCAGAUUCAGGCAUGGAAACCGUUUACAGGGUCAGUUCAAAGCAAUAAUCUGCAGUACUAUAGAAAUGGAGUGGCUGCACCCAUGAACAAUCAAUGUUAUAAUAAUGGACAAAACAAUGGAGCGGCAGCGGGGAACGGUUUGAUGGGCGUUGCGGUCCAGGGGUUUGUGGAUGGAGCCGCUCAACAAGUUGGUCAGAAUAUUGUGCAGAGUUUGAUGGGUGGUGGUGGUGAUGAUAAUAAUUCAUCUUCAUCAAUAUUGGGUCUUCUCUUUUGAGUGGGAUGAUCAUG